GGAUACACGAUUCAAAAUGUCAGGAAGUGAGAAGGACGAGAAAGCGCCGAGCACGUGGGACAAGUACGGCGUGAAAAUUGUCCUGGCGAUCUGUGUGGUGCUGUUGUGCAUCGGUCUCAUCGUAGUCAUCGUGUUUGAGACCCAGAGACCCGGUCCCGAGCCCAAACCCUGGCAGAAGUUUCGCUUGCCGGACACGUUGAUUCCCGUCCACUACGAUGUGGAAGUACGAGGUGACCUGUCGACCUUCGCCCUGACUGGCCGGGUGGACAUCUCUGUCAGGUGUGCCACGCCCACCAAAUACGUCAUCCUCCACAGUUCGGAGCAGGAGAUUGACAGGAGUUCUCCGCCAACCGUACAAGGGAGCGGGGACACGCCCUCUGUGACGUCAUGGUUUCUUUAUCCUGAGAAUGAAUUCCUCGUCUUGGAGCUGAGCGAAAGUUUGAGAGAGGGUGCAGUCUACACCGUCACCAUCAACUUCCGCGGUACAAUACGGACUGUGCUAAACGGCUUCUACAGGUCAUCCUAUGUCAACGAACAGGGGCAAAGAAGGUACCUUGGGAUAACGGACUUCCAGCCCCAGGAUGCCAGGAAGGCCUACCCGUGUUUUGAUGAACCAUCUUUCAAGGCCACCUUUACUGUGACUGUGGUCCAUCAACAGGAGUACACAGCCCUGUCCAACAUGCCCCUUGAAUCCUCCGAAAGCAGAGGAGGCGGCUGGGUCGCUGACCGGUUCCAGAAGAUGAUCAGGAUGCCGACAUAUCUCCUGGCAUUCGGUAUAUGUGAUUUUGACUCUAUCAACGCCACCACAUCAACAGGGAUAGCAACUGGUAUCUGGGCCCGUCCUGAGUACAUCGCUGCCGGGAUGGGUGAUUUCGCCCUGGACGUGGCUAACAGGGUCGUGGUGUACUUCGAAGACUACUUCGGCGUGCCCUUCCCUCUACCUAAGAUCGACCACAUCGCCCUUCCUGACUUCAACUCUGGAGCCAUGGAAAACUGGGGCCUGAUCACGUACCGAGAGACCAGACUGCUGUACGACACCAACUCACCGUCAGCUACUGUCAGGAAGGCCACAGCGCGCAUCAUCGCUCAUGAGCUGGCUCACAUGUGGUUUGGCAACUUGGUGACCAUGGCAUGGUGGGACGGAACGUGGCUGAACGAGGGCUUCGCCAGUUAUAUCCAGUACAAGGGUUUGGACUUCGUAGAUCCGGCGAUGAAUGUGAUGGAGCACUUCGCUUAUGACAGAUCCCAGGCCGUCAUGGUCGACGACGCUCUGACGUCAUCUAAUCCAGUUUACCGACCAGUCAACACCGCGGAAGACGUCACGCAAAUAUUCGGCAGUAUUAUAUACAGCAAGGGAGCUUCUAUCUUGAGAAUGCUGGAGAACUUCAUAGGAGAAGACACCUUCAAGAAGGCUUUGAAGAACUAUCUCAGCAAAAACGCGUACGGAAAUGCAGUGCAGGAUCAACUGUGGGCGGAGCUCACUACGGCCGCCAGAGAGGACGGCCAGACCGACCUGGACGUGAAAGCUGUGAUGGACACCUGGACAAUACAGAUGGGUUAUCCUGUGGUCACCAUGACCAGGGACUACACAAGAGGGACGGCGGAAGUGACGCAACGGCACUUCCUGGUCGACUCGGCUUCUGUUGUCACCGUGACGUCAGAGCUCGGAUACCGAUGGUACAUACCUCUGACCUACUUAACCCAAGCAAACCUUGCAAACACGCCGGUACUGACGUGGAUGGCACCUAAUGAAGGCACUAAGACGAUAACUCUACAGGGCGCCGCUGCAAGCCAGUUUGUCCUCGCCAACAUCAACCAUGCAGGCUUCUACAGGGUCAACUACGACCCGACCAACUGGCAACUCCUGGCCAACCAUCUCAACAGCGAUACCUUCCAGGAUAUCCCUGCCGACAACAGAGGAACACUUGUUGACGAUGCCUUUAACCUUGCAAGGGCCGGUAUGUUGGACCUGACCACGGCUAUGAGCAUGACGCAGUACCUGGUCAAGGAUAGACACUUCAUACCGUGGAGCAUGGCGCUACGGGCUACAGGGUACAUCGAGACUGUGGUGGGCUCUGUACCUGAGAUCUCCAACCUAUGGCAGCCCUACAUGCGACAACUCAUCACCCCAUUCUACGAGGAGGUCGGCUGGACUCUCUUACCAGGCGACUAUAACACAGAGGUUGGCCAAGUCAUGGCGAUCUCUACUGCAUGUGAGUACGGCAACAGCGGAUGCGUGAACAACGCCACUAUGAUGUUUGAUCAGUGGAUCAACACCAACAACAAUAGUCACAUCCCUGAGAGGCUGGAGAGUACGGUGUACUGCACGGCCAUCCAGCAUGGCGGCAGUCGGGAAUGGGACUUCGCCUGGCAGCAGUACUUGACAGCCGAAGCCUCUGAACAGACUCUCCUGCUGCCUGCCCUGGGCUGCACUCAGGACACCGAUACAUUAAACACCUACAUGGAGAGAAGUAAGGACGACAGUCUGAUACGGAGACAGAAUGCCCCGCUGGUGGUGAGGUACGUCGGCAGGAACAGUGUCGGCAAGUCUUUGGCCUGGAACUUCCUCAGGGACAACUGGGACUUCUACUUUGAGAACUAUGACGGCACUUCCUUCACUAUGACUGGUGUUGUGGAGGACGUCACACGGCAGUUCAGCACCCAGGAGGACCUAGAUCAGCUGGAGACCUUCUUGGCGGCCCAUCCCAACCAGGGCACGGCUACCCAGGCCUUCUCCCAGGCCGUGGAGGGAACACGGGCCAACAUACGGUGGCGCCGGGACAACGAGGCCGAGCUCCGGACGUGGCUCACACAGGCACAGGGCUGAGUGAGAGAUGGCGGCUCGGGGGAUCGGGAGUGCGGAUGAAGCUAGCCUCUGCCAGGCUUCGAAAGGCGACUGAAAAGAGUAGAAAACAGUGUAACAGUGCAUACUUAUAGGCGCUACCAACUGAUACGUCUGACUGGUCUAGACAUUUUAGCCGAAUGGUUAGAGCGUCGGGGUGUGAACUCUUGCCCAGGUUUGGCGUGGGUUCGAUCCCCCAUCUUUCUGUUUCUACUCGCCUCUAGUUUCUUACAACAGUUUACUCUAUAGCGGACCAACUCCCCCGGCAUGUUAUCCCUGUAUUAUACAUAUAUAGUGGCCAAUUUCUACUCUUUCCAGCCGCCUCCCGAAGCCUGGUAGAGGUCAGGGGUGAAGGGAACCAUCUUCAACGUGUUUCUCGAGAUAUUCUAGUUUUCCACUCUAAUGGUUUUAAUGUAAAGAGUAGUAGGAUUUGCUUGAAAUUGCCUUUUUCUUAUAAUUUUCCCCCAGAGUAUGAGCCAUUACUACAGAUUGAAUGCUAGAAUGAGCACUUUGCACUUGGAACUGUUUGAGAGUCAAAAGAGGACUGGGUUUUCAAAGUUGUUUCGUUUUUUUAUUACAGUUUGAUGUGCCUUUUCAAGUGGGAUAAAAUAUCUACUCAGUUGAUAUGGUGAACGUGCCAAAACAAAUAUUGAUGUUAAGCACAGUUUUAAUGAUUAUGUCAUUUGUUAAUCAACUGUAUCCGCACAGUACAAAAUGACACUGCAUGUUCCACACAAAGCAAGUCGUGAUAGACCAUAUACUAGCCGCACAUAAGUUUAAAGAGUCCAACAUUCGGUGCUGGACACAAUGUGUGUUGUGUGAAUAUAACGUGGCACUCU